CGCCCCGGAAGUGCGUCACCGCGCUCCGCCGGAAGUGGGCCGCUCCCUCCUCUCGCGGAGCAGUUCCUCCUUCCGCACAAAGGACCCAGCCAGGCCUCACUCCUCGGCUGCCUCUCCCAGCGCCGGGCCGAGCCCCUCCCGACGGAAGGCCCAGGAUGCUGGGCUCCGGCUUCAAGGCCGAGCGCCUGCGGGUCAACCUCCGCCUGGUCAUCAACCGGCUCAAGCUGCUGGAGAAGAAGAAAACGGAGCUGGCCCAAAAGGCCCGGAAGGAGAUCGCGGACUACCUCUCGGCCGGGAAGGAUGAGCGCGCCCGCAUCCGCGUGGAGCACAUCAUCCGGGAGGACUACCUGGUGGAGGCCAUGGAGAUCCUGGAGCUCUACUGCGACCUGCUCCUCGCUCGCUUCGGACUCAUCCACUCCAUGAAGGAGCUGGACUCCGGCCUGGCAGAAGCCAUCUCCACCCUCAUCUGGGCAGCCCCCCGGCUCCAGUCCGAAGUGGCAGAGCUGAAGAUUGUGGCUGACCAACUGUGUGCCAAGUACAGCAAAGAGUAUGGGAAGCUGUGCCGCUCCAACCAGAUUGGGACCGUCAAUGACAGGCUAAUGCACAAACUGAGCGUUGAGGCCCCUCCCAAAAUCCUGGUGGAGAGGUACCUGAUUGAGAUUGCAAAGAACUACAGUGUCCCUUAUGAGCCAGACUCCGUGGUCAUGGCUGAGGCCCCCACAGGUGGAGAAAGCGACCUGAUCGAUGUGGGAUUUGUGGAUGACCCAAAGAAAGGGGGCCGCGGUGGGGGCGGAGGAGGCUUCACAGCCCCCUUGGCUGGUCCUGGUGGAAUCGUGCCUAUGCCCAUGCCCAUGCCUGCUCCAGCUCCCCCCUUCUCCUAUCCUCCUCCAAAGGGCCCGGACAAUUUCAAUGGGCUGCCAGUGGGCACAUACCAGCCCUUCACCAGCAUUCACCCACCUCAGAUUCCAACCACUCCACCCACCUAUGAGUCAAUUGAAGAUAUUGGUACUGACAAGGAUGUGCCAUCUUUGCAGGUGACUGGUCCCAGCCCCAAGCCAGCCCCUCGAGGGCGGCCACCGGCUCCCAUACCCAGUUCGGGAGACAACUUUGUGCUGCCAGAGUUGCCAUCUGUGCCCGACACAUUGCCAGCUGCUUCUAAUAGCUCAGCCUCUGCUUCAGAAGACAUAGACUUCGACGAUCUCUCUCGGAGGUUUGAGGAGCUGAAGAAGAAAACCUAAGAGAAGCCAGAAAUCGCCUGGAUGGCAUGGGCCAGUCCUUCCCUCCUUGGCAGGGCUUGGCGUGCUUUCCUCUUCUUCCCUCCUCCUGGCAUUCCCCUGCUGUAAUUAACACCCAGCGCCACCUUUCCUGCUCCCCUUGCUUUUCUGGUGCCCACCGCUCUGCCUCAGGAGGGGAACUCGGAGCUUGUUGGAGGUGGGAACAGGGAGCAGCACCAGAAACCUGGAGAGCUCUAGCCAAGCUGUGCUCACGGAGCCAACGCGGUGUGUGUGUGUCACCUUUGGCGAAAGGGUGGCCCAGCGACUUCAGCCUGAAGGUCCUUGCCAACUUGGUAGAGAGAGGCCCUUAAACACCCCCUUCCCAUUUGCCCUGCUGGUGUGAGCGUGUGCUGUGGAAGAAGUUGGGUAGCUGCCUCGGGGGCCCUGCCACAAUCUCAGGAAGCCCUCUGGGGCCUUUAGGACUUUCCUGUGGGGAGAGGUGCUGCGGAACAGAGGAUCACACCAGGCGGCUCCUGGGGGCUCUUGCUGCUGCUGUGUGUAACUUGGGAGCAAGUAUGCCUCCCUGUUUCAGAGGGACCCUGGCUUUGCCUUAAUGGGGCCCCGAGGAGUCCCUCUCUCUCCAGGGUCCAUGCCAGCUCCCUCUCCGGCCCAGUCCCCCCCACCCCAGGGCCAGUGUCGCUUGACUUUUGCUUCGUUCCCUUUGGUAUGGCCUACACUACCAGCCAUGAGGGAUGGUGGCAGGGGCAGCCUUUCCUCUCCUGUGUAGCAACACACCUCUGUAUGUAACCAUUUCACAAGGCUUUUCUGGGAUGAUUUGGUGGGUUUUUACCUUUUCUGUUGAUUCUAAAUAAAGUUGAGUCAUCUCUGA